AUGUCUGGUGAAGAAACCCAAUCUGUCACAAAACAGACCACAGCACUGCUAAAGUCUAUGGAAGAAAGUGACAGAAAUACUAUCAUUAAAAAUUUGGGUACAGAAGUCAUUAUUCCAGCCAAUCACAUCACAGCAAUGAAAUCAAAUUUAAACAUGCCAUGGAAUCAACUACGUGAAAUAUCACGUUGGUUGAAAACAUUCAACAUAAAAAUUGAAUCAGAAAAAAAAGCAAGAAGUGUCGCUGCUGAAUGGGUAGGCCAAGGACUGAGAGUUGAGCUGGCUCCUCUCACCAAAUUAUCAGUUGGAAACAGGGUAUCCGUUAUACCUAGGCCUUGGGGGUAUCUGUAUAAUGUAGUUGGCCACAUUCUGUAUCAACUCAAAAAGCUAGAAUGUCACAAUUUACUUGUAAAACAUAGUUUCAUUCCUGACAAUGAGAUCCAUGUUAAAAUUGGUGGAGACCAUGGAGGAAAUAGUUUUAAAAUGGCAUAUCAAAUAGGCAAUGUUCUAAACCCAAACAAGAAGGAAAACACAAUAAUGUUUAGCAUUUUUGAAGGGAAAGACACAAGAACAAACUUAAGAGUCUGCCUUGAACGGUUUCGACCACAAAUAAAAAUGCUGCAACAAGUCAAAUAUAAAGAGUCGAUAUUCCGUGUAUUUAUGUAUGGCGACUACGAAUUUCUGUGUGCAAUGUAUGGUAUAACUGGUGCAAAUGGGCGUCACAGCUGUUUGUUUUGCAACAUUACCUCAAAACUAAUGAACAUCCCAGUGUUUACUCGCAAGAAAUUUAAGAAAAGGUCACUGGCGACACUUGAAGAAAAUUUAGCAGAUUUCCGUGAAAGUGGUGGGAGCCCUAAAAAUGCGAAAGAAUUUUAUAAUGUCAUUGACAACAUAUUUUUUGACAUACCUAUUGAUCAAGUCUGUAUUCCUGGUCUUCAUAUUUCCUUGGGUGUAUAUCAAAAGAUGUUUAAAAUGUUUGAGUCUUCUUGCCAAGACUAUGAUGUAAAAAUAGCUCUGCUGUUGGCAACAGAAGACAAUGAACUGGAUUCAGAUUAUGGUGACUACAUCGAAGUCCUUAAAGAAACAAAUGACUUGCAGCAAAAGCUGGAAGAUGAAAAAGCCAAAUUAGCAAACCAGCAAGAUCAGUUAAACUGGCUUGUAAUAUCUGGUGGCUUACAACGAAAUAUACUGACGUACGAGAAAAGUAUAAUAAAAACUGAGAAGAAAAUCACAGAAUUAGAAUUAGAAAUCUCAACCUUGGGAAACAACAAAAGAAUUUUAGUGGGUGUUGGUCCUUGUGCUUCUUCAAUAGAUAAAACGCUGCAAAAAAUGGGUGUUGAACGUCAGGCCUACCAUGGCCAAAGUUUUAUCGGCAACCAUGUACAUAAAUUGCUAAAGAAAGAAAACAUCCAAAAUUUAACAUCCAGCAUUAAAGAGAUUGUUGCAGCACAAAAGCAUGAUGACCAGCUUAUUCACAGUGUGAAUUUAGAAAUGGAUAAGUACGACAUGUUAUUUACUUACUUUGCAGAAGUUCAUAACAUUUACAAUUCGGCAAAAUAUCUGUCAUGUGAGGAAAUACUGGCUUUAGAAAUUUCAAUUAAUAAAUUCAUGAUGCAUCUGCGAACUAACUGGCCAAAAGUUAAUAUUUCACCAAAACUGCAUAUGCUUGAAGAUCAUGUCACUGAGUUCAUAGCAAAAUGGAAUGUUGGAUUUGGGUUUUAUGGCGAACAAGGUGGAGAAAGCUUGCAUCAUGAAAUCAACAGGAUGUCGAGCAGGUACAGCUGCAUCAAAAACCCAGUCGAGCGGUUACGAAAUACAUUAAAGCAACAUUUUGUUAAUGUAAAUCCUGAAUCGAGCCAAUUAAAACCAAAAAUUAAAAAAAGAAAAAUUGCACGUGAAGAAUAACUUUUAGACUUACAGCUUAGAUAGCUAGUUAUAUCUUUAACUGCAUAUUAGCAUUACUUUGCAAGCUCCUUUAGUCUUUGCAUUAUUUCAAAGGUGGAUCAGCUGGUCUAGAAAGAAAAAGAAUUGAACAGUUAAUUAGCUUACUACAUGCAUAGUUCAUUUUUAUUUGACUUUUUGUCGAGCUUACGUUAGUAGUGUAUGAGACGCAGAAACCUUAUUUAGAGUUACAGAAUUGUUUAUAUAGAAUGUUGUUUAGUGUUGUUAUUCUGUGAAAUAUUAGCUUAGUAAACUACAACAGUUUUAAUGCCUACAAUAAAUCAUACAGUAGAUUAUGUCAAAGAGGGAGUUAAAAUUUUCAGGUUUUACACUAACUUUUAUUGCCAGAAUUCAGCGCUCUAGCAUUCUUUCAGAAGUACUGAUACAGUUUUUUCGUUUUUCUUACCUUGUAGAUGAGCCUUUCAGCUUUCCAAAAAUAUAUAAUACACCAGCCACAUAACUUCGCAACGUCCACAAAACCAAAAAUUAGUUGGAACAAGUUGCCAUGUUAAUUUUAACAAAAAAAAGUAUGCCUUCAAAACUGCCACAGUAUUACUCCAACAGCAUGCUUGUCGCAAAGGUAAAAGAAAGAUUUAGCUUCCAGCGUGUUGAAAUGCUUUAAAAAACUAAAUUAAAUCCACUGAAAUAGAUUCUAUCAUGCAAAAGCGAUUUCAAAAAGUUAGUUACUUAUUUAUCAUGAUUGUUUUUAUUUGCGCCCGCCAUCUUGCGCCUCAACGUGGCCGUAAUUAUUGACGCAUGCGCAGUCUUAGUUUCCGCUCUGAAACAGCCGUGUUAGCCCCUAUGUGGACUAUUUUUACUUACGAAAUACCUUUUUGACGCAAGAAUCAACCAAUAUUUGACAAAUUAAUCACAGCAUGCGUGGCGAUCAUGCAGUUGCGUAAAAACACAAGUCAUUCCUAGUCUGAAUGUUUAGAUUACUUAUAUAUUGCUACAUUUUACCUUAAGCAUGGGGGCACAAAUUGCCUAAAAACCUAACUAACUAACUAACUAACUAACUAACGCAACGUAUCACGUUUAUAUAGUAUAUAAACAUAGAAAGUCAUCUUUUGCUUCCGUGGUCUCGCACCUUGAUAAAAACAGCAAAUAUGCAAAUCAUCUAUAUAUUAAUACGCCUUGUGUGUGUGUGCGCACGGUGAGGCCACGUCACACAAAUCACAGGUCAUUUUCUUACGACGUGGCGUUACGCUAAAAUUUACCAAGUUAAAGAAAACGCAAAUCAGGGGGUUACUAUAUAAAUAUUUAAUUCUCUUUUCUUAUUUUUUUUUUUAAAUAAAACUCUUUUUCCUUACUCAUUAAAACUAAUUUUUAUUUUAAUUUCAAAUGGUUUAUUUGUUAUUUUGUUGUAAAAGCCCCGCUGGUCGUUUAAGAUAGAAUAAUUAAAUUUUACCCCCGGUUUACCAUGUGCGCGCCGUAUCUCACGGAAACAAAGUUUAUUAACUGAAAAAUGAAAACCGAAGCGAAGAAAGUUGUCUCUUUUUCAAAGUAAUCCUGAAAAAAGUUAUUUCAAACAAGGUUUACUCAUCACGAGGUUAGAUUAAAGCUUAUUUGUUUCUUCUAUCUUUUUUGUGUUCUGGGACCGAAGUUGCUUUCUUUUAAAAAAACUAUCGAAUUCGAAUGAUAAUUCGAAUCUAAGAAGUAAAUAACAAAACUGUUGUCAUUGUAGAGCGACUGUUGAUGUCGAGCGAGAAUAAAAAAGUUUAUGUUGUUGCCAGAAAUAUUUGUUAUAAAGAAGAAAAACGUACGAUAAUAUAACGUCGAAAAGAGAACUGAUUAGAAAUGUAUCAGACAAUUGUAGCUAGCUAUACAUUUUAAUUUGUUUUCUUUGGGAUGAAGCGAAGUUUAAUAAUUGAAGUAAAAAACUGAUUGGUCUUUUAUCCAGAGACGCUAGCUAACUGAGAAAGCCAAAAAAAGGCAGGUGUGUUGUUUAGUUUAUCUGGUAAAGAGAUAAGUUUAGGUGUGUAACGUUUUUUUUUAACCGUUUUAACUUUCAGAGCUCAGCUUUUCCUUUAAAUUUUUAGUUCCUUGUUGAGUCUUAAAUGCGUUUUCUUUUGACACAAUUUUUAUAAGAAUCUAAAAUGUAAAGCGACGUUUUUAAGCCGUUUACACGCUUCCAGCUAAACUUUCCCUUUAAUAUAAAGUUAAAUAUGUUUUGUCUUUAGCCUGAACAUAUUUAACAUUUUUUGUAAGAAUAUACUCUAAACAAUGGGUCAGAAUAUCCUAAGAAUGUCUAAGCUUGGUUGUUUCUUUUGAUAUAAAAAUUUGUAUGACUGAACUUUUUUCUCUCCAAAACAAUGGGCAAGUACACCAGGGAAAGCUAAGAACAUGAAGGCCGAAACGAAAAAAACAAACACUAUUCUUAUAAAAUACAGCGUGUAUAUAAUAGAGAAGAGUUUAUAUAAAAUGUAGAAAGUAUUUUUUCGUUGUUACUGUUUUUAACGCUACGAAGUGGUUGAUGUCGUUAUAAUAAACCUUAAUGUAAACAAAGUUAAAUCAAUGUUUACAUUUGUUACGUUACCGUUUAAAAUAAUAUUCGAUUCUUCAAUUCGAAAACACUGCAUUGUUAUCAUGCACUGCACGUUUGCACAUUGGGAAGGUUGCUAUAUGCAAUAGACUAAAUAGCUAAUUUGGUAUGAUGCAUUAGAAUCUGUACGUUGUGGAAACUUUGCAAUAACCUUAUUUGUGUGACUUAUCGAUUUUUUCUAAUGUCUGGUAUACCAUUUUCCCUUUUAUAUUUCGGGUAUGACAAAGCAAGUAUAUAGUUUUAACAGAUUUGUUAGCCACCUUCGAUUUUGUUAAACUUUUUGCAUUUUUAUUUGUUGCUGGACAUGCUUAUAUUUUUAAGCGUUCUGCUUCAGCGGGUACAAAUAUAACGCAGAUUGUGAGCAACUUCAAUCCCAGGGUUUUUUUCUCUUUUAUUGUUAUUUUUUUAUUGCUGCACAUAUUUAUAUUUUUGGACGUUUUGUUCUAGUGGUUAUAAACUAGAAUAAUACAAAUUGUGACUUUUAAAGAUUCAUAUUACUGUGUUGUAUGUUUUUGUUUGGUAUCCCUUACAUCGGUUUAAUGAGAGAUUCAGUGGAUUCCCCCACGGGUAUUCAGCUAGUAACUAUUUAAUAUCCUUCUUUAACUUCUGUACGAAUUUUUUUUGUAAGUUGAGGAUCCAAAUAGUAUAUAGUGAAACAAAAUCAUAUUAGGACACAAAAUAUUUGCGCUAGAUAGUAUGUGUAUGUGGAUACGUAUCUUAUUACAUUUUUAGGUGGAAGAGCAUCGUAAAACCUGCGGUAAAGAGAUUGUCCUGUGUGAAUUUUCCGCAUUUGGAUGCGAUUUCACGGUUCCAGUUACUUUUCUUCUUGUUUUUGUUUAGUUGCUUUAAUUCAUUUUUUGAGUGUAAAUAAAUAUAUUUUGGUUUAGUGCCAUAGAGAGGAUAUGUCGGUGCAUAAUCAAGAUGUUUCGCGUCAUUUAUCUUUAACUGUGAAAAGAUAUCAUGUAGAUAUGCAAGAAAUGAAAGAGAAAAUGGAACAAAGGGAAAA